GAGGCUGUGCCGCUCUCCUUGCCUCCUCUCCUGUGCGCAGUGCUCCGGCCCGGCCGCUCCUUCCUUCCUCCCUCAUUUCCUCCACCACAGCUGUAUCUCUCCUCCUCUCUCGGAUGCUGGCUUUGCCUUCCUCUUCUUCUCUCUUCUUCUUCUUUCCCUUCACGCCACCGAGCUGGACCAAAUACUUCGGAGAAGGGGUGGAAAUGACUGACUACCUGUUUUGCAUGGUCUGAAUUUCGGGAAAUUCGCACGUCGGAAAGGAGGGGAGUCAAGAGGGAGAAAAAAGGAGGCUCUCCAUCCCCCGAGGGAAUUUAUUUUACAGAGACAGUAAAGAAUGAAGAGGAAGGGAACCGCCAGCAGCUUUUCCCAGCCUAAAAGAAGAGAGGAGGAAGAACAUCCCAGAGAGGAGGUGGAGGAGGAAGAGUUCAGAGAGAGAGAAAGAAAUGAAGGCAGGCAGAGGUCAGACAGCGAAAGGAGGAAUGCCAGUGCCUGAGGUGGCGUCUGACACUGCCAGAGCUGCCACCAUGUUGAGCCCCGUCCUCAAUGCCUCCAACGGAGACGGCUCCGAGUCUGAAACCACCUCCGCCAUCCUCGCCUCCGUCAAAGAACAGGAGUUGCAGUUUGAACGUCUGACCAGGGAGCUGGAAGCCGAACGACAGAUUGUUGCCAGUCAGCUGGAGAGAUGCAAGCUUGGCUCUGAGACCGGAAGCAUGACUAGCAUCAGUUCAGCAGAUGAGAAGUUUCGCUGGAACAACCAAGAUGGACAGAAGGACAUAGAGGAGGAGCUGACAACAGGCCUGGAGCUGGUGGACUCCUGCAUCCGAUCGCUCCAGGAGUCGGGCAUCUUGGACUCACAGGACACCUCUACAGGAGACAGACAAGGACUGCUGUCCCAAAGCGCUUUGCAGCUCAACAACCAGGAUGCCUAUGCGGCUGCUGGUUACCAUAGCAACCAGGGGCUGGCACUUGGGGAGCCGGUCUCAGGUCGUAGCGGAGGGGCAGUUCACAGCUACAACCAGGUGACCUCCAGCCGUGCAGCUGCCCAGUUAGCCGCCACAGACUCUCCCUCCCAGUCCCAGAGAGACUCAUUUGCCCAGCAGGCCCUUGGCAGCGCCUUCCACAUGCCCACCGAGGGCGGCUCUGUGCCCGCUGGACCGUCCAUGUAUUACUCCUGUGCCACUUUGCCUGCGCAGCGUGUGAGCUCCCCUCUGCAGGCAGUGGGAUCCCCUACCAAGCUGCAGCGCCUGGGAUCAGCCUCUGCCGACAUGCCCAGCUACGCCACGCUACAGAGGGUGUCCUCGCCCAAACAGUCACCCAGCCGACUCGCCAAGUCCUACAGCACCUCAUCACCCAUCAACAUGGUAGCAUCGGGUGCGGCCGGUUCCUCCUCCCCGCUCCCCAUGGCAGCCUCCCCAGGUGGAAACCACACCUCGUCACCCAUCCACCAGCUCAGCUCGGCGGUGGGGAGCUACGCCACCCUGUCGCCUACCAAGCGCAUGCUGCAUCACAUCGGAGCGGACAGCUACAAGAUUUCUCACGAGCUGUACGCCAACGCAACCCUGCAAAGGCCUGGUAGCCUGGCAGGUAGAGGCUCCAGAGGUUCCUACAGCAGCCAACACAGUCACCUGGGCUCUGAACUGCGACCCCUGCAGUCUCCUGAGCACCACAUCGACCCCAUCUACGAAGACAGAGUCUACACCAAGCCCAACCUUAGAGGACAAGUGGUGAACCACUUGUACCAAGAAGUCCUCAACUAUCUGCUCUUUCCCUACGCUCCUCUUCCUGUUUUAGCCCCGCCUUCUCCCGGUGUCGACCCAAUCCCCUUGCAGCGAACGGGAAGCCAGAGUGCCACCGCCACCUUUCAGAGAGGCAGCUUCGCCACGGGGGGCGGAGCAGCCGACUACGCCAACCCGUACCGCACUCUGCAGUUCUGCCCGUCCACCGAGUCGCCUUACAGCAAGUCGGGCCCAGCACUCCCACCUGAAGCCGCCCUGGGCCGGUCCCCAUCAGUGGACAGCAUCCAGAAGGACCCAAGGUACGACCCCGAAUUCCUUGUGUGGAAUCAAAAUCAAGCCGAGCAAAGAAUGACAAAGGAGUUUGGCUGGAGGGAUCCAGAGCUGCCAGAGGUGAUCCAGAUGUUGCAGCAUCAGUUCCCAUCAGUCCAGUCCAACGCUGCUGCCUACCUCCAGCACCUCUGCUUCGGAGACAACAAGAUCAAAUCCGAGAUCCGGCGGCAGGGUGGAAUCCAGCUGCUGGUGGACCUGUUGGACCACCGGAUGACCGACGUUCACCGCAGCGCUUGCGGAGCUCUGAGGAACCUUGUGUACGGCAAAGCCAACGACGACAACAAGAUCGCCCUGAAGAACUGCGGAGGAAUACCGGCUCUGGUCCGACUGCUCAGGAAGACCACAGACGUUGAGAUCCGGGAGCUGCUCACAGGUGUUUUGUGGAACCUGUCGUCAUGUGACGCCCUGAAGAUGCCCAUCAUCCAGGAUGCUCUGGCCGUGCUGACCAACGCUGUGAUCAUCCCACACUCGGGCUGGGACACCUCGCCUCAUACGCAGGAGGACCGCAAGCUGCACCUACACUCCUCUCAAGUCCUCCGCAACGCCACAGGCUGCCUCCGGUGAGUGUCGCAAUCUGUUUCUCCAAUGUUUUAUCCGCUUUAUUUUUUAAAAAUCUUCAUCUCCAACAUGUUGUUCUUAGUUACUGUAUGACCCAAAGUAUUCACACAUUUUAAGUAUAAAAUAUUAUAUAACUGUUCAGUCUGUUCACAGUCUGCUCACUUUCAAACACAGAAAAAAGUUCCUCUUACUUCAAACCACUCUGUUAUUUUUAGAUUGUAGUCGGUGUUAUUUUUAACACUCUUCACACAGAGAACUGAUAGACUUUGCUGCAUUUAAGAUGACUCACCGUUUGGCUUUAGAGCUGCUGUGCCUUUUCAUUUUCUCACUUGAGACAUGAUGGUAGUCAUACAGUGCAGUCUGGAAGUAGUAGAACCGUGACACAUAUUUUUUUUUCUUGGUCUUGUUUUGGCCUUGAGUGCCAGCGUGUUGGAUUUCAAAUGGAACGGUGACUUUGAAGUUAAAGUGGGGAAUAUUGCUUUGUGUUUUCAUAUGUAUUGUCAAUAAAAUAUAGAAAUUACCUAAAUAUAGGCCAUCGUCAGGGCUCGGUCUUUACCUGUGGUGUGUAGAGAAUUGAACUAUUUUGCAUUUUGUUGUGCCAUUUUUAGUUUGUAGUGUUUCAUAUUGUCAUAUUUUGGAGUACAGAUACUUAAAGGCAAUGCACCAUGUGGUAAAAAUGCCCCGUCUUUUCACCUUAAUUUACAGUUUUUUUUACCUUUUAUCGAGGGACCACACAAGCAGCUGACAUAAUAAUCACAGUAUAAAAUCAAAAGCAGAAAGUGAGAUGCGUAUUGCUACUGAUUAACUGCAUUAAUGCACCCUACACCUUAGCUAAUUAUAUGGAUCCCUACAAAAAAUGCACGAAAGUACCUUAUGCCUUUUUGUGUAAUGCGUAUAAAUUGCCUUGUUGAGGGUGUUAAUUGACUUGGCUCAUUUUUACUAAUUAUGAAUAUCAGGUACAAGAGGAUAAGAAGCGGGAAUAAUGAAGGCCUGUUUGAUAGCGGUGGUGUCAGAAUAACCUCACGACUAAUACAUCAUCUGCCACCGUCAUUAAACAUGCUGUGUGUGCUGAGACAGCGCUCCCUCUUUACUCUCCAGUGUGUAACAUUCAAUAAAUACGCUCAGCAGAUCUGAUAGAAAUGUAUACAUGCAGAAGUAUUAGGUUUUACACUUUUCUUUUAUAAAUGCCGUCUAAUGUUUAAUCUUCAGGAAUCCAUCAUGAUGCUGUUUUGUGUUCAAAGAUACUCAGUCACCACUUGUCUGCUCCUUAUUUUAGACCACCUGUGUUCUCCACUUCGCAGAAUUCAAUAGAUGCAUAAAAGUAUUCAAUUCUGUAAUUCAAAGACAUUUAUAGCCAUGCACCCAUUUCAAUAACAGUAUGUCAACUUUAAAGAUACAUAGACACCACAAAGGUAGCUGGUGCAUGUAAUUAUGAUAGUCUGUGUAGACCUACAUAUUUACUAUGUGUUUAUUUUACCUUGCUGAGCCACAUAGAUUGUUUUAGCAUUGUUACAUUGUUAAAUUUACACAUAUGAGUUUUAUAGUAAAUUUCAGCUCAUUCUGAUCUGCACUUAGGUCUAAAGAUCUCUAAAAGGCCAUUGCACACCACAUGUUCAGUACCAAACAGCAGACAGGUGUAGUGAGCAAGUGGCGGGUGAAGAUUAUGAGACAUUUGAGGCUAACUUUUCCAAGGUGGACAGAAACACAACUCCAAAUG